AUGACGCCGUUGCACGUCGCGGGCGACAACAGUGACGACGGCGUAGUCGGCGUGGACAGCGCGGAGAACGCGGACGGCGAGGGCGACGAUAGUGACGCCGGCGAGACCGCGCUUCGCAGCGAGGUGUCGAAACUCCUUCUCGCAUCGCCGCAUCCCGCGGACGACCCGGAAACCCCCGAGAUGAUCGGCGGCAAGCGCAAGUCGCGGCUUCGUGCUGCCCCUCACACGGCCACAUCAGCUGGACCCUCUUUCGUCCGCGCGAACGGCGCUGAAGGAGCCAACGCGAAGGGGGGGAGCGCGUCACGCCCGAUUGCUCGAGCGGCGACAAGUGUGCGGAAGGCGUCAUUUCUGCCGCGACCAGCGGCAGGAGAAGCAGCGGCAACAGCGGCAGCGACUGUAGCAGCAGCAGGAGCAGGAGCAGGAGCAGGGAGCGCGGGGAAGCGGCCUCGUGCCACUUGGCAGGUGAAUAGCGAGGUUAGCGGAGCUGUGCUGGAGCGUGAGCCGUCACUGGCAGCACCCAACUACUGGCGCUAUCAUGCCCUAGCUCUGCCGGUGGUGCAAGCAGUGCAGACAGCGCGGGCAGUGCAAGCAGUGCAGUCAGACGCUAUGGCAGCGGCAAAUAAGACAUUGUUGACAGGCGAGAGGCAAAAUUCCCCCACCACCCCCUCCAUACGAGCCAAGAAGCCACGCCUUCUUGUCAGCGCUACCUGCAACCUCCGCCCUCCGCGCCCCCUUUCCCCCAUGGCGCGUGGUACACUCCCCCCAGUUGGUGCUGCCGAUUCUCUCCCCCAUGGUGGUGGUGGGAUGCGCACAGAUAGCACCUCCCCCAAGUCUGCUGUUAGCGGGCGUGUGAGUCAACAGGGGUCAACGGACCCUGCUGCUGACGUGGCUGCUGCUGACUUGGCUGCUGAUUCUGCUGGUGCUGUCAUCUGGUCAACGCAAGUCAGCGAUGGCGUAGCUGGGAGCAAGAAGAGGGGCGGAUGGGUGGAGACGUUUGUCAGGGUGGACGAAGGGGAGGAGGGGGAGGUGGGGGAGGAGGGGGAGGAGGGGGAGGUGCGGGAGGAGGGGGAGGAGGGGGAGGUGGAGGAAGGGGAAGUGACGGAAGAGGGAGAUGAUUCCAAGACAGUAUGGAGGGCAGAAGCGGAGGGAGAGGGGAUGAGGGGCUGUCUGGUCGUUGCUUCCCCUCCCCAGUCCAUUAAAGCCACUGCUGGAGUGGGCGGGGGCAGGCGGAGGGGCACAUGGGCGGAGAGAAUGGCUAGCAGGCGUGAUCAGCAGGAGGGAGUGCUGAAGAUGGCAAUGCAAGCUGGACAGGCAAGGGGGGACAGGGUGGCGAGCAGGCAUCAGCACCAUGUGCUGAGGGGGGGAAUGCAGGUUGGAGCGGCAAGAGGGGGGAGAGUGGUGAGCAGGCGUCAGCAGCAGGGGGGAGUGCUAAGGAGGGAAGUGCGAGUUGGAUUGACAGGAGGCAAGAGGCGUUUGAUUCAGCACAAGUGUUCCCCUCCCCAGUUGGCGCGAGUCACCGGAGGAGUGGCUGGGGGAAAGAGGAUCCUGAGUCGGAAAAACUCUUCUUCCACGCUGUCUGUGCAAGGCAGUGAGGGAGUGCGUGGGGCCAGGUUGAGGGGCACAUGGGCGGAGAGAAUGGUGGGCCUGCGAGAGCAGCAGGGGGGUGUGCUGCAGAGGGCAAUGCUGCAGGGUGGACAGGCAAGAGGGGAGAGAGUGGUGAGCAGGAGUGAGCAGCAGCAGAAGGGAGUGCUUGGGAUAAUGGCAGGAAGAGCAGGAAAAUGCAGGAGUGUGAGCGGACGGCUCUUGAAGUGCCUGAAGGAGAUGCAAGAGGAGGAGAGGUGUGAGACGUCUCAGGAUGCAUGGGGAAGCAGAGGGUGUCCCGAGGAGGGUAAUGGAGGGGGGAGGGCGGGGUAA